GAUUCUGAAAGAGAGAGAGAUUCUCUACCGUGUGCUUUCGUGUGUGAGAAAUCUUCCAUUAAUGCUCUGAUUUGAUCCCACCACCACAAACCAACACUUCUCGCACUAAAUGGCGAAAGGAUCCAGUCGAUUCUCAUCUGCGACGCGACAAACAGAAGGUGGGGAUAGUGAUGGAAUUUUGCAUAAAUCACCAAAGAAGCUGAAAAAAUUGAGUUCUAUGGCUGAAAUGAAUCAAUCUUCUCAAUCUACCAGUACUACUACCAGUAGCAAAAGAGUCAAGCUUCCCAAAAAGUUUUUCGAUGAUUAUGAUACCGUUAAUCAUACAUCUGUUCCAAGAAAACUACGCUCAGCAAUGAAGAAACGUCAAUACGAAUCUGUUUCUCCGUCUUCACCAAAUAAUAAGAACAGGGUUCGUAAAUUUGAAAUGGAUUCCGAAGAUCGUAAUAGGAAGCUCAAAGUUGGGGUGGAUGAACAACACCCGACAAUCUCCGAGUCGAAUGCAGAGAAAAUAACGAAAGAUGAAGAAGAAGCAAUGGCGGCUUUGGUUGCCAUGGCUGGAAUAAUUCCCGGAAAUGAUAAUAGCACCGAGGAUAUUAACUUAAAGAACGAAACUUCAGCAGCCGAAGCUUCAAAUCUGCAAGAAAAAUCCGACUCGAAGACUGGUGGAUCCCCAGCCGCUUCAAAACCGAAAGAUUUGGUUCAAGAAAGUGUGCAGAUUGAAGAUUUGAAUGAAAUAAGAAACACAUUUAGUGUUAAAAAGGAUUCUAAAGAUGUUACUGAUGGAAACAAGUUAAGAAAGAGAUGCUCUUCACAUGUUUACAUAUGCCAAUUUAUCAAGGAUCUUCAAUUUGCUGAGGGUAAACUGGUAAAUUCAGUCCAAGAACGGAAGCAACGAGCUUAUACAGAUGCAAAAACCGAUAAAAUCCCGGAGAAUGUCACGAACGGGAAUGCUGAUAAAAUCUCAAACAAAACAAGCACGGAAAACAGAACGAUAUUUCAAGACCAGCGGCAAGUGCAAAAUCAUUCGGCUGCUGCAUCAGGACAGGUUCCAGUGCUGCCGCUCUUUGGCAGUCCGCUGUACGACCCUUCACAAUGGGCAAGACCGCUGUUUCCUAAACAAAGUAUGUGGAUGAGUCCGCUUAUACCCGGAGCUCGAUACCAGAAUUGGCCGAACGGUGGAUGUGAAACGAUGCCGCCCGGCUCAAAUUCAUACGGCAGGAUGUCGGCCGGCUCAAAUUACGCACAAUCAUCAUUGCUCGAUACUGGGAAAACACCCCAGCAACUCCAGUAUAAAACGCAAUUUGGUCACCGUUCUUCAGGAUUUGACGAAAGCGGAGGUUUGUUUCUUGUCGAUAGGUCUCCGACGUUGAAGUUAACGUUGCAAUGAGAGUCUUGAAAGGUCGUUUUCGCUGGUUUUUGGAAGUUAUAGAAGUUGGUUAAGACUUAUUGACCAAAAUGGAUAUAUAAAACCUUUGAUUCUAACAUCAAUAUCGUUUUAGAGAUAUAAGAAU